CAAGCAUGCCUGGACCAACCCCCAGAACUCAGCUCUGAACUCCUAUCUCGUUCUGUCAGAAUUCCCAGCCUGUUUUGAAAAUGGAAUUUAUAUUUGUUAAAUUGCAAAAGAGCUGGAUGCAGUCUGCUAGUUGUGUUUUGCCUCUCCUUCUUUGUGCAGUGAAUUUUGUUCAUUCACUUUACAUGCCUCAAGUUGCUGUAAUGCUGCUGGGAAAGUAAUUGCCUUGCACUUUCUCUUUCUGAUGCCCACGGGUGACUGUGGGGGACUCCUCCCUGGGCACAGUGCAGAGUUAAAAGCCCAGCUUUUGCUGCCUUGCUUAAGACCUGGUUAUUUCUUUUUUUUUUUUUUUUUUUUUUUUUUUUUUUUUUUUGUCAGCUGCCUGUUAUAUCAAUCACAGAGCUGGGAUCUAUUUAUAGGUUGGGACUCGGAGUACUGUGUCCUAGUCACAAAGAGAGGCAGAGACGCAGAGGGGACUGUCGGCUGGUGCAGGCAGAACCAAAAGAUAUUUAAUCAGCAAUUAGAAACACCUGAGGGCAAGGGAAAUUCUACUCCAGCCUCAAGCCUCAUCUCUCAGCCUGCAGCAUGACCCCUGCCUCAUUCACUGCAUGUGAUGGACCUGCUCUGAGGUAAAUCAGAGUUACACAGUGAAAGACACCAUCUGUAGGACCCCUGCCUCAUUUGUCAGGCUGCUCGGCAGGAUGGCCACGGAGGAGCGGCACCUCUCCUCCAGCUGUGGGUCCUUCAUCAAGACCGAGCCCUCCAGCCCAUCUUCCGGCAUCGACGCCAUCAGCCACCACAGCCCGAGCGGCUCCUCCGACGCUAGCGGUGGCUACGGCAUCGCCAUGGGUGGCCACCCCAAUGGCCUGGACUCGCCACCCAUGUUCAAUGGCACGGGGAUCGGCAGCGGGUCCUGCCGUAAGCGCUACGAUGACUGCGCCAGCGCCAUCAUGGAGGACUCGCCCACCAAGUGCGAGUACAUGCUCAACGCCAUCCCCAAGCGGCUGUGCCUGGUGUGCGGGGACAUUGCUUCUGGGUACCACUACGGCGUGGCUUCCUGUGAGGCAUGUAAAGCCUUCUUCAAGAGGACUAUUCAAGGGAAUAUUGAGUACAGCUGCCCAGCCACCAAUGAGUGUGAGAUCACGAAACGGAGGCGCAAGUCCUGUCAGGCCUGUCGCUUCAUGAAAUGCCUCAAAGUGGGGAUGCUAAAAGAAGGUGUUCGUCUGGAUCGAGUCCGUGGAGGCCGUCAGAAAUACAAAAGGAGACUGGAUUCUGAGAGCAGCACUUACCUGAGCUUACAGAUCCCUCCCCCAGCUAAAAAGCCAUUGACUAAGAUCGUCUCCCACUUGCUGGUGGCUGAGCCAGAGAAGAUUUAUGCCAUGCCAGAUCCAACCAUGCCAGAGAGUGACAUCAAAGCCCUGACAACCCUCUGUGACCUGGCAGACAGGGAAUUGGUGGUGAUCAUUGGCUGGGCAAAGCACAUCCCAGGGUUCUCCAACCUCUCCCUUGGAGACCAGAUGAGCCUUCUGCAGAGUGCCUGGAUGGAAAUUCUCAUCCUGGGCAUUGUGUACCGCUCCCUGCCAUACGAGGACAAGCUGGUCUAUGCUGAGGACUACAUCAUGGAUGAAGAGCACUCUCGUCUGACAGGGCUGCUGGAGCUCUACCUGGCCAUCCUACAACUGGUGCGCCGCUACAAGAAGCUCAAGGUGGAGAAGGAGGAGUUUGUCACACUCAAAGCUCUGGCCCUCGCCAACUCAGACUCCAUGCACAUAGAGGACAUGGAUGCAGUGCAGAAACUCCAGGACCUUCUCCACGAAGCCCUGCAGGACUACGAGCUGAGUCAGCGCAAUGAGGAGCCCCGGCGAGCAGGCAAGCUGCUCCUGACCUUGCCCCUCCUGCGGCAGACGGCUGCUAAAGCUGUGCAGCACUUCUACAGCAUCAAACUGCAGGGCAAGGUUCCCAUGCAUAAACUCUUCCUAGAAAUGCUAGAGGCAAAGGUCUGACAGCCCCAGCACCAGCCGACAGUGGCCGGGGAACAAACUAGAAACAAAGAUGCAGACAACGGAGCAAUCCAAACAGCAGCAGCAGGCACCGCCGGCUUUUAUCUCCAAUCAUUUAUUAUGGAAGAAUUAUUUAAUGUCUAUCUGUCGGCGUGACUGCAGAAUCUUGUGUACAGGAGGGGGGAAACUUUUAAUCAGUCACCUGUUUCUCUUUUUUUCGUUGUUUUCUCUGUGGGAAAUACCAGAUUAUGCUCUUGCACUUGUUGAGGCAUCAUGGGGGCUCAGCCCCUCUGAUCAGUGAUGCUCUCAGCGCUGUCCAGGCUGCCUGCUCCCCAGCACCCUCUGCCAGUUCUGGAGGGGGAGUGGGGACAGAAGCAGGAAGAGAGGAAGAAUAGAGUCAAUAUAAACUUUAUCUGCUGGUGUUAUGAGGGGUCAGUUAGAAAGGGAAGCAGCCACGGUCCUUCUUUUUGUCACCUUUCUUCCUCUUACCAUAGAGUAGAUGCUCCUUUGGAGAACAAGGCUGCUGGACCUCUCCUGAACAAAAAGGCUGCCUCCCAGACUCCUCUCUUGUACAUACAGGCCCCACUUCUUACUGGGAAAGAUGCUCCUAACUGUGUAAGAUAUUCUGCGACCUUGUACAGUGUGUCAUUAUGCCUGGCUAGUCCCUCCCAUGUACAAUCCCCGCAGGCCCCUGAAGAGGCAGGAUGUAUGUCCCUGAGAAAUGCAAGUCUUUCCCAAAUGGCAAGAGAAAAGGGCCUGAUGUUAUACUUCAGUGCUGGGUUGACUUGAUAAUCUCUGCAUCCUCUCCUGUGUGGUGCUAACUACAAUUCUUCCACACUUUUCACCCCAUAGUGUAUCACACCUGCCUCUUCAGCUCAGCUCAGUGCCAUUCCCCACCUGUUCCUUGUGGCAGAGAACACAAGGCUUUGUCUGCAUGGUUACUGCCCAAGUAAAAAUACACCCCAAACCAGAUCUUUCCUAGACUUCAUUAGAGCUCUUUGGCUCCACAGAGACUUUAGGCUUAUUGCCAAAUUCCAGUUAGGAAUCAAGGGCACUGCUUUUCAGAGGAGGCAGCUCUAGAGCCUGAGAGAUUGCUUUCUUGUGGCAGGCUAGGGAAAUAAAUUAGAGGAUGGCAUGAAACCCGUGAUACUCCAACUACUGUCUUCCCCUGCCUCAUCCCAUUAUCCUCAACAGCAGAAAAAGAGCUAGCAUAGAUUAUACCUGGGGCUGGUAGGACUUUCUCUUGCUGAUCAGAAAGCAAAUACCUGACCUUGAGGUAGUGGGAGAAGAGCAGGGGGAGUGUUUAUUUACUUUUAUGUAACCAGGUUCCUACUGUCUCCAAGACCUGGUUUAGUUUUGCUGCCUAAGCCAUACUGACUGUUGGUAUUCUCUGAAAAUUUAUUUUCUAGGUCACUUAGUUUUAAGCCAUCCUGAGCUGGCAAAACCUGAUUUUUGUGGUCAACAGCAUGGCACUAAUGGUGAGAAAAAAACCUCUGAUCUACGUUUGAGACACCACUAACUCUACUGUGUCUGUUCUCCCCAAGCUUCCACCCCUUCCUGGCUUCCCCAGGAGAAAGGUGGUGUGUAAGAGGAGUAAAUUGCCCUCGGGAUGAAGUCUUCCAAACCAGGUUGAGGUGUAUGAUCAGAAACACUGGGUGCUUGUUUUCUGCUGGAGCAGAAGGUGUCUCAGCAGAGCUGUCAAUACUGCAGAACCCUGCCUUGGCAGGCUCAGACACAGGGGUGCUGGCAUGGUGACCUCUCAGCUCCUUGUACUUAAGUUAGUUCUAUUUCAUCUCCUUUGACUUCUUCCUAUGCUACAGAGUCACUCAUUUUGUACUCACUUGAUAAAGGAAUUGUCUUACUUCAGGCAUAUUAGUAAACCACCAGAGACCUUAUGGGCAGAAGGCACAUUGGAAUUGGGACUCUUUCUGUGCUCACAGCAGUAGCAAUUACACAGUAGCCUUGUGCUUCAAGAGGAUACCUGUGCUUCUCUCCCCCACUCCCUCCCAAAGGCAGCUGGGGAGAAAAUGAGAGGUUUUUGGUUGCACUCAUGAUCCCUGUACCCAUCUGUGACUGAGGGACCAAAGUGAAAUGCAUGCCACCAUUGCAGAGCCAGCUUGCCAUGUGCUGCACUCUGGCAGCCCUUUCUGGCUGUGGUAUAAUUGCUUUCACAGAUGUGCUGGGUUGCAUUAUCACCUGUAAGUCUGACUCACUCGAGCACUGCUGCAAUGCUGCCAAGUGCCACCCAGCUGAGCCGCAGCACAUUGUGUCCCAGCCUGCUGUGCAAAGGGAGCUGUCCCAAAACGGACUGAAAAGAUCCUAAGAAGCAAUUCUUACUCUGUUGGGUCCUGCCAGAAAGGUCACUACUCACACACCAACACACCCACCCAAUCUCCCCCUUCAAAAAAACCCCAAAAAUACCCCAAAACAACCCAAAAGGCUCUUCUAGCUUUGUUGUAUUUGAACUCAGGCCUGCUCUCCAUAACAGGAAACUAUCUACAAAACAUGAUUUGGAGAGCUGCCGAGUUAGCUUCUAGCUCACAGAGGCUGCUGGCUAUUUAGAUUAGGGCUGUGGGAUGGAGGCAACUCCUGCCUUGGCAUAGCAAUAUGAAGAUACCAAAUACAUUUUUUCCAGGAACUUCUUUCUCCAUUAAAGCUGCAUAAUAUUGGAAAUCAUCCAAAUAGUCUCCGUUGCUUGAAGAUAAUAUGCAGGGAAGUGUUUGCAGUUCUUCUGAAAUAGGAUGGGAAGUGAAGCAGACAGUACUUAGGAUAUAUUAAACUCUCUAACCAAGAAAUGCAAACUCUUUCCCAGGAACUGGGAGACAAACACCUGUCUAGAUUUAACCCUUAAAAGGCUUGUACCAUCCCAAAUUGGGAAGCAGAUCAGGUCUCUUGAGCCCGUCAAACAAGUGCAGGAAUCACAAUCAUCUCUUUGCAGGCACUCUGAUCUGCUGUGCUUCACUAGUACUAACACACUGACACAGCUGAGGAGCCUUUCCAGCUACACAAUAGGCUGGGAUUGCAGAGGAGUGUAACAGUGUAGUCCCCCCAAUGCACUUUGAAGUAGGAAAUGAAGCCUCUGCAACUGCUUAGUCUUUGAAUGCUCACAGUCUCUUACAAAAAAGGUCUGGGGAUGUGGAAGAUGAGACAUGAACUAGGAGAUGGGUUUUAGGUCAGUAGUUUUUAUGCUGCUCAUUUGUAAUCUAGGAUUCACAGAGUCAGUGUCAUACAGCUGUCCUUCUUUAUGGGGCAAAAGAUGAUGGAGCUUGAGCCUUGGGACGCUGAUGGGCUCUGUGACUUAAAGAAAAGCAGAAGAGGUAAGUAUAUCAGUGACAGUGAAUAAACCCACACCAGCAAUAAUGGUAAAAGCAGCUCCAGCCCCUGAUUUGCAUGUGUGGAUAACAGAAACCAUGUACCUGCCAGCUACUACAAAAGGCAGCUCUUCCCAAGUGACCAGCUCUUCUGUUUUGGGCACAUUCUUCUCUGGGAACAGCAGUGUCUGACCUAUAAUGCAAAACAAAUUUCAUGGGGAUCAAUUAAAAGGUAAAUUACCACUCUGAAUUAAGGUUUCUAGGGAAGCUUGGGCAUUACACCUCGCAGCAAAACUGUGAAGUGACAAGAAACAUCCCCACAACAAUCAGAACCUUGCAGUAUUGCUCAUGCUAAGGGGGCAUUAUUUUUCUCUUUGUAAGCUAUGUCAUCUUUUUUUUUUUAAACUAUUAUAAGUAUAUAAAAUAAAACAUGCUUCACCAGAAACAUGUAAGCAGCUAUUAGAGGGGCAAGUAAAUGAGAAAGACCCUAGAAUGUAACAUGUUGAGCUUUUAUUACCAAUCGGAGCUAUAAUCAAUCAUAUGGCCAAAGGCUGCUCUGUUGUUCUUGUGGCUGGGUUACAUGGAGAAGCCAGAGAGAGACAGAGGCUGUGAGAAUGAUGCAGGUAGUCAUAGACAGUCAGUGAAAUAAACAGUAUCUACUUAACUAUUAUCUGCUCCUAAAAAAAUAACAACCUGUUAAAUGAAUUGUAUUCCUGUGGUACAGGUCAUUUCAAACAAAACAAGAAAUAAAACAAAGAAAUGUAAAAACUAA